AUGCAUCGUAUUUUUUUUUGCAACUGGACGAACUAUAUCUCUCAGAAUCUCUGGAAUAAGCUAAAGUACUCAAGCAGCGCUGCUGUAGUCUCAUCAACGUCCACCGGAGACAAGCACGAUACUGUAAAGUUACGGUGGAAUCGCUACAAAAAACACAUCAUGAGAAAAAUGCCACUUUCAUGUAUGGAAAAUAAAACUUGGAAGGACAAAAUGGAAUAUGCUGCUGCUUGCUAUCAACUUGAUACCAAAGAAGCGUUUAAUUCAGUUUUAUCACUUGCUAGAGAAGACAGUAAGCAUGGGACGCGUACAUCAAAUCGUUUGUUGUAUUUAGCAAUGGAUAUGGCUUUAAAUCACCUUUUCUUUUCUUUUCUUUAUAUAAUUAAAAGAUUAAUUAAAAUAUCUUUUACUUUUCCGGAUGAAAUCGAUAUUGCGGAAGAAUUGUUUACCUUAUUACCGCGACAUACUCAUGUAUUAUCCUCGAGCUUGAAAAUUCGAUUUUUUGUUCGCCAAAAGCGUUUUUGGGAUGCAAUACGCGAAAUUGAAAAUGUUUUGAAUAAUGAUACAGCAGGAUAUAAUGUUUCUUCCAAAAUCUGUAAAUCAGUACUAGAUGAUUUUUAUGGAUCGAUUUCGAAAUGUAAUGAUGCAGUCGACGAGUCAAAACGAUUGUUUACUCUCCAAAGAAUACUUAGCAAAUACAAUAAACGUACGACAAAAAGCCUUCGUGAAUUAUUAUUAUCGGAUAUGGUUGUUCUAUCUGAGAAGCAACCGAUAAAAAGCGACUUGAAUAUUGACGAUGAUUUAUUGGACAAAAUCAUGGAACAUGUUCCGGAAGUAUUAACAGAUGAUAGAGUGUAA